AUGGAUAGCUUCGAACCCGCAUCGCCGGGCAUGCCCCAUGCCCCUAACCAUGAUUCCAUGGUGACAGUCUCCCUGUCCGAUAUCCAGUCCAAUUCAGAGCACACCCAACCGGACUGGCGUACUCUCGACAUCCCUCCGACCCCCGUCCUGGCGACCCAUGAGUCGGAAGCCAUCAAGAGCAAGACCGAGUCCUUUGGCCCCAUGGUGCUCCUCGAUGCCGCAAGAUACACCCCCACCCCCGUGGACGAGCCCCCAACCCCAACUUCAGCGGAACCAAGACAUGCGAACGCCGCGCAAACAGGAGAAGAGGCCGAUAAUGAGGUGGUGGAUUGGGAGAAUCUAGAUCGAACGGAGGAAAGAGAGCCACGCGGAGAGGGAUCGGACGAUUCAACCGCUCUACUGCUCGCUCGUCUGGAGCAAGAGAAUAAUGCGCUCGCUACUAACCCCAAAUCGGGCCUGUCCAAUGCCCCCCGCAUCCAGCGACACCAGCGACAAUCCCGUUCACAAUCUCUCGUUCAGAUUAAGAAAUUGAUCAAUGAGCCUACGCGAUCGGAGCUGCGCUACUCGCAGCUCCAACCACCUCCGAUGACCGAGCUAGAGUUCUGGGCUGCCUUGGUGGCAGAUUACCCGCAGACGGCCCAGCGACUGCCUACUCUGACUUCUAAUAAGAUCCAACAGGGUGUUCCUCCACCGCUUAGAGGAGUGGUGUGGCCUAGUCUGGCGGGCGCUCGUGAUCCAACACUGAUUGAAGAGUUCCAGCGAUUGUCUGGUGAAAGCAGCCCAUAUGACGGUCUGAUUGGCAAGGAUAUCGGUCGCAGUUUUCCUAAUGUGGAGAUGUUCCGUGAUCCCAACGGCGAGGGCCAGCAAAUGCUGGCUCGAGUGUUGAGAUGCUUCAGCUUGUAUGAUGCCAAGAUUGGCUACUGUCAGGGUCUGGGCUUUGUUGUUGGCCCGUUGUUGAUGCACAUGUCCGAUGCAGAGGCCUUCUGUGUGCUUGUUCGAUUGAUGGAGCAUUAUAACCUUCGGACCUGCUAUCUUCCGGAUCUGUCAGGCCUUCACCUUCAUGUCUACCAAUUCCAAAACCUCCUGGCACGACAUCGCCCCGAACUGUUCCAGCACCUGGAGCUGUUGAAUGUCGAGCCGGUGUAUGUUUCGCAGUGGUUCUUGUCUUUCUUUGCAGUGGCUUGUCCGUUGCCAAUGCUUCUUCGAAUUUACGAUGUCAUAUUCCUGGAGGGUGCUUGUGAAACUCUGAUGCGCGUGGCAUUGUCUCUGAUGCAGCGCAAUGAGAAACGCAUCUUGGCCUGUACUGAGUUUGAGGACGUCAUGCAGUUACUGCUGUCUCGCAGUUUGUGGGAUACAUACGCGUUCAACGCAGAUGAUCUCGUCAAUGACUUUGUUUCUCUCACCUCUCUCGUCACCAACGAAAGUCUCCAGGCCCUUGAAGUCAGCUACAACCAGUCCCAGGGCGUACCUACUGGAAUCUCAUUCCCACAGAUGCAAGCUGCAGCAUCUCGGUUCCUCGGUCGACUUUGGGCAGGCUCCAAUUCUCACAACUCUGUCAAGUCCCUCAACCCAAACGCCAGCCCUUCGCGUCCACACAGCACUAUUCGUCGCUCUACCUCCAAACAGAGCUUGACCUCCACACUGAACUCUGUGGAGUCGACAUCUGACGCGAGCACCGCUCCCACUGAGCUGUCAGCGGCGAUAAACAGUGAUCAGAAGUCACGCAAAUCCAACAUGUCAACUCACCAUAAAGACCGCGAUCUCCACACACAGAUCGAGGAUCUGUUGAUGGCAUUGAGUGACCUCCAACGUCAACAAGCGGAUUUGACGCGGGAACUCCAGCAGGAACGCGAGGAACGCGAAGAAGACCACUCGGUGGCAAAGGAAAUGCUCAAAUACGUCCAAGAGCAGCCAGCCGAAUCACAACCCGAGGAAUUGGUCUCGAAAGCGCGAGCUCGCUUUGCAGCCAGCGAAACCAAGCCUGGUUCAAUCUCACAAACCAAACACCAGCUUCACGACGAUAUGACCCGGUGGAAGGAAAUGCACGAGGUGGAAGCAAGCCGUUGUCUAGACCUGACACGCCGGAUGGACGAUUUUGAGAAGGAGAACACGUCACUCAAAGAGCAAUUGCGCGAAGCUCGCAGCCGAAUUCAAGACGGAUACCGUGACCGGCAACGACUCGAGCGACUUAACAAGGAACUCCGUGCACUCAAAAUGCCCGAAUCAUCAACCCCACCCGAGCCUGGCGCCAUGUCCGCAGAUUCCGAGACGGCCUCUCCCACCGGGGGCCUCCGUGAACUGAGACUGGUUCGGACCAACUCGCACAAGACCCCGACCUUCAACAAGCGUUCAAGUAGCUUGGGUCUUCAGAACGUGCUGGCUACCGAGAACCAAAAACCUGCUGCCGAAGAUACUCUCCUACUCGAAUUGGUCAACGCCAAGACUGCCGAAGCCGUCGCCAAGCAGGAGCUUGAGGAGGUCAAGGGGAAACUGGAGUCAUUGCGAAAGAUGAUCAGUAAACCCCAUUCCCAGUCUGGUGCGAAUCUCGAAAAUCGCCAUUCCUUCUUUGGUCAUUCACCGUCUCAAGCAAGCAUCUCGAAGUCCACAACCGAGCCUGUCAAAACGCCUGGAACUUCCAGUAACGUCGGCGCUGGCGGUGGUGGUUUCUUCAGUGGAUGGGGACGACGAGCUCCGCCCACAAACAAUGAGUCCCCGUCAUGA